AAAACAACACACAGCGUUCCCUAUAUUAAGGAUUAACGAUGUUCGGAAGAACCAGUUCUCUCUGAGCCAGGCUGGGCUGUGGGGUGGGGGGAGAUCCAGCAAUCAAAGGGAAAGCUGACCACGACACCCGGCUUCCGGAGACUAUAGGACCGCAGCGGCUGGAGGGCAGACAUCCGUCUCUGGUUUUCACAUCGGCGCAGACUUCAGCUGACUGUUGCGGCCACUUCCGAUAUGUCAAGAAAGCUUCAAAGGACAGAAGUGUGCGCUGAUUGCAGUGCUCCAGACCCUGGAUGGAGCAGUAUUAACCGCGGCAUUCUGAUCUGUGAUGAAUGUUGUUCAGUCCACCGCAGCUUAGGCCACCACAUCUCUAUAGUAAAGCACCUGAGGCACAGCGGCUGGCCUCCCACAUUGCUGCAGAUGGUUCAGACUUUAGCCAGUAAUGGGGCCAACUCCAUAUGGGAACACAGUCUCCUGGACCCUGCGCAAGUGCAGAGCGGUCGAAGGAAACCAAACCCUCAGGACAAGGUCCAUCCCACAAAAUCAGAGUUCAUCAGAGCCAAAUACCAGAUGCUGGCAUUUGUGCACAAGCUUCCCUGCUGUGAUGAUGAUGGUGUCACCACAAAGGAUCUCAGCAAGCAACUCCAUUCGAGUGUGCGGACAGGAAGUUUAGAGACAUGUCUCCGGCUGCUGUCCCUCGGUGCUCAGGCCAACUUCUUCCACCCGGAGAAGGGCACAACCCCGCUUCAUGUAGCAGCCAAGGCGGGCCAGAUCCUUCAGGCUGAACUGCUUGUCAUCUACGGCGCAGAUCCUGGAGCACCUGAUAUCAACGGGCACACACCUAUGGACUCUGCUAGGCAGGCGGGCCAUGUAGAGCUAGCAGAGCGCUUGGUGGAGUGUCAGUAUGAGCUGACAGAUAGGCUAGCUUUCUACCUGUGUGGCCGACGCCCAGAUCACAAAAAUGGCCACUAUAUCAUUCCUCAAAUGGCUGACAGAGCUCGUCCUAAGUGUCCGACACAAAGUUUGGACCUCUCUGAAUUGGCCAAAGCUGCCAAGAAGAAGCUCCAAGCGCUCAACAACCGAUUGUUUGAGGAAUUAGCGAUGGAUGUUUAUGACGAGGUAGAUCGCAGAGAGAACGAUGCAGUGUGGUUGACGACACAGAACCACAGCAUGCUGGUAACAGAACGCAGUGCUGUCCCUUUCCUACCAGUCAACCCAGAGUACUCUGCUACGAGGAACCAGGGUCGUCAGAAGCUGGCCCGUUUCAACGCUCGAGAGUUUGCGACACUCAUCAUCGACAUCCUGAGUGACGCCAAAAGGAGGCAGCAAGGAAAAGGACUCAGCAGCCCAACUGACACUCUGGACCUUGGCCUCGAUGAUGAUCAGCACGAUUAUGACAGUGUAGCAUCAGAUGAGGACACAGACAGCGAGCUGACCACCCUAAACAACAACAACACACAACGCAACAGCCGUGCAAAGAGCAUGAACUCAUCCGACAUGUCAGAUGGACCCAUCACCCUUCAUGAGUAUCUGGAGGUAAAGAAGGCCCUGGCUUCCUCUGAAGCCAAGGUGCAACAGCUGAUGAAGGUCAACAACAACCUGAGCGAGGAGCUCCGAAGGCUUCAGAAGGAG